CGCCUAUAAAUAUCCAAUGGAGAAACUUCUGUUUUGAGAACAUCGUGGAAACAUUGUAACAGGAGGCAAGAUGAAGAAGACAAUGGCAACGGGGUUUAUGGCAGCAGCAAUAGUAGUAAUAUUGAUGCUAGAAAUCGCCGGUGCAGCGAGGACAAAAGACACGACAGAAGUUUUAUGUCAUAUGAAUGAGGACGAUCUAAAUUUAUGCAAACCAGCAGUUCAGAAGACGAACCCUGUAACUACACCGACACCCGAAUGCUGCAAGGCUCUUUCAGGGGCGAAUCUCACCUGUUUAUGUGAAUACAAGAACUCGUUUCUGUUGCCUGCACUAGGUAUUGAUCCUACCUUAGCUCUCGCCCUUCCAGCUAAAUGCAACCUCCCUAAUCCUUCCAACUGUAAUUGAUGAUAUUCCUUCCUUUCCUCUAGUUAUUAAAUAUUGUUGUCUUUUAAAUAAAUGAAUGUAAACACCCUUAAUCUUGAAUUUAUCAUCCGGUUGUGGAUUCAGUCAGAUAUCAUCAUGAUUGUAAACAUGGUUUGUGUAAACUUAAUGUGAGCCGGAUUGAGAUUCGCUUAAAAGGGUGUUUCUAGUUGUAUA